AUGAGCCAGGUCCGGACGCAAAUGAGCCAGGUCCAGACGCAGACGAGCCAGGUCCGGACAGUGAGCAGUCGGAUCCGGACGCUGCUCGUUGGCAUACUGGCAAUCACUUCCACUUCGAUCGAUUUCAAUGCUCUUGCAGAGUACAUGGGAGAUGGAGCCACUGCCUGUGCCGUCCGCCACCGCAUCACUCGCCUUCGCGCUAAGGCUGCGGGGUUGAACGAUGACAAUGGAACUGCUGGCCCUGCUUCGCCAGUGAUCAAGAAGCGUCAGCGCAGUACCCCAAAGAAGUCUGCAAAGCCCGCUGCCGCUCAGUCCGAGGAAGUCGAUACUCAGUCUGCCAAGGAAGGCUCGAUCCCCAUGGACGAGGAGCUCAAUGCUGGUGAGGGUAAGGGCAAGAAGCCAAAGAUCAAGCGCGAGAUGACCGAGGAUGUCUUCUUCGCCGAGGAAGAGGAAGCCCCCUCUGCCCUCUAA